ACAUAAGAAAAAGAAGAAUGACAACCAUGAAGGGGCUGAUGAAAGGCCUCAGAUAUAUCUCUCAAAUUUUUGAAGAAGAGAAGGAAGACGAGAUACAGAUUGGCUUCCCCACUGAUGUCAAACAUGUUGCUCAUAUCGGAUCUGAUGGCCCUUCCACCAAUCAACCAAGCUGGAUGAACGAGUUCAAACCAGAUGACCCUAAACCAGUUGAGACUCAAUCUAGAGAUAUACAGCUAGAAGGUAAUGCUGGAACAGGAGUAGGACAAGAGAUGUCGGAUUCCCCAACACGACAAAAAAAGCAACAUAGACGACAUCGUUCAGGAAGCGGGUCAAUUAGUUCCCCGGCCCGUGAACCUUCAAGUACUACUACUGCUACUACAAAGCCGAGGCGUCCCAAGGCUGGCGGGGGCGGGGAGUCUCCAGCGAGGGAACCAAAGUCGAAUGUCGACCCUUCAGGAGCUCCAAAACAGAGUCGUAAAAAGAAGACAAAGGAUUCGUCGGGGCCAGAUAAACUGCCUAGGCCGAAAGCAAGUCAGGGAAAUGGAGUCGACUCCGGUGAGUUUUGUCCAAGUCCAGCUUAUGAUGUUUAUCAUGAUAGGGAUGGACGCGGCUAA